CCGAGGUGUCAAACGGUCCGCUGAUCUACGAGGCCCUAGCUCCCAUAUUAGUAUCCUCUGCAAACCCCGUCCAGUAGUACUACAGUAUAUUGGCACCCAUCCCGCCUAGCAAAUCAAAGGAUCGUCAUCACACCAUGUUGGAUGCCAUGGCCUUCCUGCUCUCCUCCAUCGCUCGCCGGCUGAGGCUCCGCCGCCGGAACAAGAGGAUCACGUCCUCUUCGGGCAUUCCCCGCCCACCCUUCUUCUCCUGCGGCGGCGGCGGCGGCGACACCCUCAGCCCAUUCGUGAAGCCGAAGACGACGAGGAAGCUCAAGGGGCCGUCGAGCAAAAGAUUCGCGGAGCAUGGUCAGGACGGCCGCACGGUGGACGACGACGACGCCGGCGAGCCGUGCCUGUGGCGGCGAACGAUACUGCUCGGCCAGAGGUGCCAGCCUCUGGACUUCAGCGGGGCCAUACACUACGACAACGAUGGUCGGCGGCUCUGGCAUGCAAGGACGCCACCGCGGACUCCGCUACUGAGCCCCGACCGUUCUUUCGAAUUCGGGUACAUUGUUGAUAGGGCAUGAGACACCUUGCUACCAUGCAAAGAC